GUAGUGUAUGUUAGUGUGUUGCAGCUGAGGCCGUUGGAAUGUAAGUGCUUUGUAAAUGAAUGCUUUCUGACUGCAAGCUAUCAAAGACCGUCCAGAAACUGCAGUUCAACGAAUGGCUGACUUAUUUCAAGAGAUCUAGGUUCUGUGCAGCUGCCUGUAACCUUUCUGCUGAAGGAUCUUUGUGGUUUUCAUUUGCUAACAUGCGUGGAAAUGAGAACAAAUGGCACGACGGUUAAGAUUGCAUUUUGCUACCCAAAGAAGCAACACGGAUCCAUUGUCAGAAACCUCUGAAGAUGUUUUGGAUAGUAACAAUUGUGUGUACUUCAAAGAGUCACAGAAUUCUGCACCUAAUGUUACACAAAUGAAACUGACUCCGAGACAAAUUGCUUAUGCACCUGUAAUGCAACAAGUAAUUAAUCAAGAAGAAAAUGCAACUUCAUUGCAAAUAAAAAAGAGCACCUCGCUGCACAUUUCCCUACAGUCCAGAAACUAUGGUGGAUGUUUUCAAUCUGGUGAUGCUGUAGCUACUGGUGAAGAUGCUUCAUUCAUUGAUAUUGGUAAUGAAGGAAACUGUGGCGCUAGAAUUGUGGUUGAUCAUCGAUCUAAUGAUAGUCUUCUGAGCAAUACUGCUCUGUGCAAUGGCAGUCUUAGCAGUAUUGCAGCCAGCGACAGUGGAUCGUUCAGCAGUGCUGGCAGUGACUAUGGAUCAUGCGCAAGUACCACAAGUGAUGGCGGUUCAUAUAGUAACAGUGUCAUUAGUGACAGUGGCAGUCUUUCGACAAGUGAUGGUACUUUUUGUAAUAGUGUUAUACAAGGUGAUUCUUCAUACAGAAGCACUGCAAACAAAUGUAAUCCCUGUGGGAAUAACUCACCUCAGGAAACUCUGUGUAGAAGUAAUACUACUUUUGACCAAAAUGCUUUGUCAGUGAGGAAGAAAACUAAAAUUCCACUGAGACGUUGUUCAUCACUGGUAAUUUUCCCUAGGAGUCCUUCCAGUACUCCUCCAGCUUCUCCAGUAAGCCCAGGUCAGCUUCCACACAGAGGCACCUAUCAAACAUCCCAUAAACUAAUUAUUUCUCCUAGUGACCUGGCACAAAAAGAAGAUCAAACCAUUUCCAAGGGAUUUCUUUCAACAGCAGUCAGUGGACUUCGACUCUCAAAAACAGUUGGCUCUUCUGGUGAAGUCAGAGACAUUAGACCACUCUACUUGAAUACAUCAUUACAGGACAAAAGUAAGAUUUUGCAUAGUUCCAAGCAGGCAAGUUGUGAAGAAGUAUCUGAUGGCUUAUCAUGUAUAUCAGUUCAUCUCACUCAAAGAACAUUUGCGUCAAGCAGUGAAAUAGUUAAUGGCUGUUGCAGUCCAGAGUUAAAUCCGAACUCUAGUGCAAAAUACCCUCAUUUAAAACUGGCACGUAGCGCAUCUGCAAGUUUACCUUCAAAAAUAGAUUUAGAAUAUCAGAUUAAUACAAACGAACUAGAAAGACCGAAUGCACAGUUGAACAAAACUCACCAUGUUUUGCAAAGAAGUGUUUCAUUGGAAGGAUCACGUCAAAAAGUUUCUUGCUGUUUAUCCAGCCUUAAAUACAAGUGUCAUAAUGCAAGGACGUCUCAGUUGCACAUACAGUUCAAACCUGGGAAUGAAGGAAAAACAACUGGUGUUAAGAAAAGAUAUGGAACCUCUAAAAGGGAAAUGUCUAGCGCUUCUUUGUGGAGGCCCCAUAAGACUCGGGAUGAUUUUCUUGGGCAAGUGGAUGUUCCUCUUUACCAGUUACCGACAGAAAAUCCGAGUAUGGAGAGACCGUAUACAUUUAAAGAUUUUGUUCUUCAUCCAAGAAGCCAUAAAUCAAGAGUUAAAGGCCACCUUAGAUUAAAAAUGACUUACUUACCUAAAAGCAAUGGGUCUGAAGAAGAAUCCACAGAACAAGCUGAAGAAUUAGAGCCUGGGUGGAUUAUAUUGGACCAACCAGAUGCUGCAAGCCAGCCUCAACAGCAGCAGCAGGAAUCUCCUCCUCUGCCUUCAGGCUGGGAAGAAAGGCAAGACAUCCUUGGCAGGACCUACUACGUCAAUCAUGAAUUCAGAAGAACACAGUGGAAGAGACCAACUGCCCAGGACAAUGUAGCUGUUGCAGAUAUUGGUAGUGUGCAGUUGGAGGCCCAGCAUGUGUUCACUCAUCGGCGACAGAUAUCAGAGGAUACAGAAGACAACAGAGAUUCCCCUGAGAGCUGGGAAAUUAUAACUGAAGAUGAGGCAACGAUGUACAGCAAUCAGAACCUUCAAAUACCUCUGUCUCAGAGUAAUUGUGAUAUACAAACUCAUCUUGCAGAGGAACUGAAUACCAGACUUACUACCUCUGGAAGUUCAACUACUGGCCAGUCAGCAGCCUACACAAACCAUUCCAGCAGAAGAGGUAGUCUGCAAACGUACAGAGUUGAAGAGCAGCCUGCACAUCCAGUGUUACUGCCUACUACGUCUGGAUUACCCCCAGGAUGGGAAGAACGACAGGAUGAAAAAGGGAGGUCAUAUUAUAUAGAUCACAAUUCUAGAACCACUACCUGGAUAAAGCCAGUUGUACAGAUGACUAUGGAAACAGGUCAGCUGUCAGGCACACAAAGUAUUCCUAUAGGGAGACUACCACAAGCAACAUCAAGUGAUUCAUCACAACAAUCUUCUCAGCAGCAGCCUGAAGUAGAGCAAGGAUUUCUCCCUAAAGGCUGGGAAGUCCGACAUGCACCCAAUGGGAGACCAUUCUUUAUUGACCACAAUACCAAAACCACAACGUGGGAAGAUCCAAGACUGAAAAUUUCUGCUCAUCCAAGGAGAAAGACUUCCCUAGAUCCAGUAGAUCUGGGCCCAUUACCACCAGGAUGGGAAGAGAGAACUCACACAGAUGGAAGAAUAUUCUUCAUAAACCACAGUAUGUACAAUAUAGUAUCCUCUCCCCAUUCAUCAUUUUAUUUCCAAACACUAUCUAAAUUAAUGGAACUAAUUAAGAAAUGUUUUGCAGACACUAAGAAAACCCAGUGGGAGGAUCCUCGACUGCAGAAUGUGGCAAUAACUGGACCAGCUGUGCCUUACUCCAGGGACUAUAAGCGGAAGUACGAGUUCUUCAGAAAGAAACUGAAAAAACAGAGUGAUAUUCCAAAUAGAUUUGAAAUGAAAAUUCAUCGCACAACAAUUCUUGAAGAUUCUUAUAGAAGAAUUAUAGCUGUCAAGAGAGCAGAUUUCCUUAAAGCAAGACUUUGGAUUGAAUUUGAUGGUGAAAAAGGUUUAGACUAUGGAGGAGUGGCCAGGGAAUGGUUCUUCCUUCUUUCAAAAGAAAUGUUUAAUCCUUAUUAUGGAUUGUUUGAAUAUUCAGCUACAGAUAACUAUACUCUGCAGAUCAAUCCAAACUCUGGGCUUUGCAAUGAAGAUCAUCUCUCUUACUUCAAGUUUAUAGGUCGUGUAGCUGGAAUGGCUGUUUACCAUGGCAAACUUUUGGAUGCCUUUUUUAUUCGUCCUUUUUACAAGAUGAUGCUCCAAAAACCAAUAACACUUCAUGAUAUGGAGUCUGUGGAUAGUGAAUAUUACAAUUCUCUGAGAUGGAUUCUUGAAAAUGAUCCAACAGAACUGGACCUCAGAUUUAUAGUUGAUGAAGAACUUUUUGGUCAGACCCAUCAACAUGAGCUGAAAAGUGGUGGAUCAGAAAUAGUUGUCACCAACAAGAACAAGAGAGACUACAUUCAUCUUGUAAUUCAGUGGAGAUUUGUGAGCAGAGUCCAGAAGCAAAUGGCAGCCUUUAAAGAGGGCUUUUUUGAACUAAUACCACAAGAUUUGAUUAAGAUUUUUGAUGAAAAUGAGCUAGAGUUAUUAAUGUGUGGACUGGGAGAUGUGGAUGUGGCUGAUUGGAAACUACAUACAAAAUACAAAAAUGGCUACAACAUCAACCAUCAAGUAAUACAGUGGUUCUGGAAGGCAGUCUUAAUGAUGGACUCUGAAAAGAGAAUAAGAUUACUUCAAUUCGUUACUGGCACGUCACGUGUACCUAUGAAUGGGUUUGCUGAGCUAUAUGGUUCGAAUGGACCACAGUUGUUUACAGUUGAACAGUGGGGUACCCCUGAAAAACUGCCAAGAGCUCACACCUGCUUUAAUCGCUUGGAUUUGCCUCCAUAUGACUCAUUUGAAGAUUUAUGGGAUAAACUUCUUCUGGCAAUUGAAAAUACUCAGGGUUUUGAUGGAGUUGACUAAGACACACACAUAAAUUAUAUUGAUCCAGCGCUGCAAUUUUGUUCUAAGGGUUUACAAACAAAUUGGAGUUUUCCAGGGACUACCAUUGUACUUAAGCCAUGUGGCUAUUGAAUGAAUCUUCUUGGUAUCACUUGUAAAAUAAGUAUUAAAGACUCACUAAAUUUUGAAAAUGUAUUUUGCCAUUUCCACAGUUUUGUAUACUUUGCUAGUGACUACAAAAUACACAUUGAUUGGGCCAUUGCCAAGUAUGUAAACAUCUAAAAUGUUUCUAAGCAGUUGCUUCUACAGUAUUUGACAGACUGUCCUGUAGUAAACUACUGAAGUAAAACUGUGAAGAAACCUUUUCAGAGGGUGUAAAUUUGAAUUGCUGCUUUAAGAGGAACAACUGAAACUGUUAAACUGUUUUAAAGAACAACCAACAAAAAAAACCCCCAACAAACUUCAUGUGAUACAGCAUCAUAAUCUGUGCUGCCUCAGGCUGUUUGCUACAGAUCUGCCCAAAGCACCUUAUAUUUCAGCAUAUUAGGUAAAACAUGGGAAAGCAUUUGUUUGCAUUAUCAGCUAUCUGUUUGCAGAACAUUGACUUGCUGACACAUCUUAUUUGUUAGAUUUCUGUUUCUAACUUUUGUUAAAACAGUGUAACAAAACCAAGAUUUUUAUAUAAAACAAACAAGCAGUGUAAUUCUGAGUUGUUAUAAGAAACUAUAUCCAUUUUUUUUCUGAAUUUGUAUACUACCAUUGGUUUAUUGAGUGUUCAUCACUUUUUUGGAUAAAUUUAUAGUCCAAUGAUGGAUAAUAUUUUCAAUUCAGCCUUUUGCAACAAACCUUAAAGUGAAAUUUGUAGGGUUAUUGCUCAGUAUUAGUUACUGGUAGUUAGAGGCCUUUAUUAUCCAUUCUUGCAGUAUUGCACUACAUAACAAUAAAAAACAUGUUUACAGGGUAUUCUGGGCCAAAUUCAGCAGUGUGGUAUGUGCAAACUUCUCUGAACUGUGUGGAGGUUAUGCACGUAUAACCAGGUGCAGAAUUUGGUUCUGUAAUAUGUUUACAGGUUAUGCUAGUUUCUAUAGCUGCAUUUUUAUAUUUUUUUUUUCUCCUCUGUUAGUCUAGAAACCAAAUUUGUUAAACAGUAUAACCAAAGUCAUAACCAACGAUGUGCAAUUUAUUGUAGAUCAACUUGUCGUAUAAAUAUUAGUUUGAUUUCUUUUGUAAAUGUGGAUAUUUUUUGUAUUAAUGCUUUUUUGAGCAAGUGCUGGUUAAAAUUAUUAGCAAAGUUGGUUCUAAAAGAAAGAAAAAUGGUUUUAAAUACCUGACUUGCUCUAAUUUUAACAUGUUAUUACCAUUGAGAUCUGAGGAAAUGAUAGUACCUAGCUUUGGCCAGCAAAUUUCUGUUUAGUCACAAUUUUUAUAAAUAUGCAAGAUGGAAGUGUAGCACAUCUCUCUAAAGGUAUGUAAAUUAUGUAACAAAUGUACUGGGUCUUAAGGGAUAUUUUAAAUCCCACUUUGUUUUAUUCUUUGUCUAGGUCAUUAGAGCUGAGAGUAUUACAUGUAAAUAAAUGUAACUUAUACAAAUUUCCUAAAUCUAUAUGCAGUUUUUUAAAACAUGAACGAUAUAUUGUUAAAUCUGUAUAGAUCUGAAUGUAGCAGGUUUUGUUGCAUACUUUAAAGUAUAAAAUAAGGAUCCUGA